UUUUUUUUUUUUAGUGAUUUUUUUUUUUUCGUCGUGGAGGGGGGAGCUGCGUGUUAAAAGAAGGAGCAGGAUGCGACCGAAAACUCAUUUUCUUGGUGGCUGAGCUCGUUUCGGUGCCUCUUUUCUCCUCUUCUUGCCUUUCCCCGAGAAAGACGGACGCGAGGAGCUGGGAUGAAGUUUUCUUUCGCUUUCUUGUUCCUGAUGUUAGGAGCUGUGAUGAACGUCCAACCAGAGCGAGAAAAAGCAUCCUUACUCUACCCCUACGGUUUGGACCAGCAUGACCAUAAGAACCCUAAACUUGAUGAUGGGACGUCACAGCAGCUCCCCAUCACCGUGCCCUUCACCUUCUACGGCAAAAAGCACCAAACUCUUUACGUGAACAACAACGGUGUGAUUUCCUUUGGCACCCGGGUACACCAGUACACCCCCGAACCCUUCCCCCUGGCCGACGGACGCCCCUUCGUGGCCCCGUACUGGGGAGAUGUGAACAACGUUCUGGGAGGGGACAUCUUCUACCGAGAGAUCACUGACCCGGCGCUGCUGGAACGCAUCACCAAGAACAUCAACCAGUACUUUCCCGAGAUCCCCUUCACCGCCACAUGGGGUUUUGUGGCCACCUGGGACCACGUGGCCUACUACGGCUCCACCACCAAUAAGGGCAACACCUUCCAAGCCGUUCUGACCACCAACACCAAGACGUCCUUCAUCAUCCUCAAUUAUUGGGAUAUCCAGUGGACUACGGGAGUGGCAAGCGAUGGUGACCCCGAAACAGGUCUUGGAGGCACCCCAGCCCACGCUGGCUUCAACAGCGGAGAUGACACCCACUUCUACAACAUCCCCGGUUCCGAGACCGAAGCCAUCAUCAACAUCACCAAGACCUCCAAUGUCAACGUCCCGGGCCGUUGGGUCUUCCAGGUGGAUGAUUUUAAGGUGACAGGGGUCCCCACCGAGGUACCCAAGGUCGCCAACAGAAACGACUGCUGGUUAUAAACCAAGGCGGAUGGAGAAGAGGGACCAUCCCCAUUGUCCCCAUUGUCCCCAUUGUCCCCAUUGUCCUCAUUGUCCCCGUUGUCCCCAUUGUCCCCUCAUCACACGUGUAGGAUGAGGUCAUACGACGAGAUGCAUCAACCUCUACCAGAGCAAUAAAAUUGCAGCCGAGA